AUGGGAAAUCAACAAUCCCAGAUGGGAGGUGGUCCUCCCGGACAAGGAGGCAAAGACGACAAGGAUAAGAAGAAGGAUAAACCUAAGUACGAGCCACCGCCACAGCCUACAACAAGAAUCGGUCGAAGAAAGCGCAAGCAGGCCGGUCCCAAUGCCGCCGCAAAGCUCCCUCAAAUCUAUCCUACCGCAAGAUGCAAACUCCGAUACCUGCGAAUGCAAAGAGUCCACGAUCAUCUUCUCCUGGAAGAAGAGUACGUUGAAAACCAGGAGCAACUAAGAAAGGCAAAGGCUGCACAAACGCAAACCCCGGCCGUCGCUGGUGAGGGCGAAGCCCUUGAUCGGAAUGCCGACGAAAGAAGUCGAGUCGAUGAUAUGCGCGGAAGUCCUAUGGGUGUUGGUAACCUUGAGGAGCUUAUCGAUGAUGACCACGCCAUUGUUUCAUCCGCCACAGGUCCCGAAUACUAUGUUUCAAUCAUGUCUUUUGUCGACAAGGAUCUGCUUGAACCCGGAGCUUCCAUCCUACUACAUCACAAAUCGGUCUCCGUUGUUGGCGUUCUCACAGAUGAUGCCGAUCCGUUGGUGUCUGUCAUGAAGUUGGAUAAAGCUCCUACAGAAUCAUAUGCCGAUAUUGGAGGCCUGGAACAACAGAUACAGGAAGUCCGCGAGGCUGUGGAAUUACCUCUACUGCAUCCCGAGUUGUAUGAAGAGAUGGGCAUCAAACCACCGAAAGGUGUCAUUCUCUAUGGUGCUCCGGGUACAGGAAAGACACUACUGGCCAAAGCUGUCGCGAACCAGACUUCUGCCACUUUCCUGAGAAUUGUCGGUUCGGAACUCAUUCAAAAAUACCUCGGAGAUGGCCCAAGACUGGUGCGACAACUUUUCCAAGUUGCUGCAGAGAACUCUCCCAGCAUUGUAUUCAUCGACGAGAUCGACGCUAUCGGUACGAAACGUUACGAAUCAACAUCCGGUGGUGAAAGAGAAAUUCAACGGACCAUGUUGGAACUUUUGAAUCAAUUGGAUGGUUUCGAUGAUCGAGGUGAUGUGAAGGUCAUCAUGGCUACCAACAAGAUUGAGACACUAGAUCCCGCAUUGAUUCGACCAGGACGUAUUGAUCGAAAGAUUCUGUUUGAGAACCCGGACACCAACACCAAGAAGAAGAUCUUCACGUUACAUACUAGCAAGAUGAGCUUGGCUGAGGACGUUGAUCUUGAUGAAUUCAUUGCACAAAAGGAUGACCUCUCAGGUGCGGACAUCAAGGCCAUCUGUUCCGAGGCAGGUUUGCGUGCACUUCGAGAAAGGAGAAUGCGAGUCAACAUGGCGGAUUUCCGAAGCGCCAAGGAGAAUGUGAUGAAGACCAAGAAUGAAGGAGAGCCGGAGGGCUUGUACUUGUAA